CUGAGAAUAUAGAUAGAGGCCGGAGAACAAGUUUCUGACACAACAAUCCACUUCCUUGGAUGCGGUGUCCCAGAACACGGUACAACGUUUGAUGUUGCAGGGCACAGACAUACCAUGGCUGAGAGGCCUCGGAGAAAUGAGGCCUAUGCUUCACUUGCUGCUACCACUUACCAUCCACUGGAUGGCUGAGGAGAUGACAGUUUCUGUUCUUGUUGAUGUCACAACCUCUGCUUUGUGCCCUGGAGACUCAACUUGCUCCAAAGCUAUUUAUAUCAACGGCCUUCAACAAACGAUUGUUGGAGUUUUCAAGAUGGUGGUAAUUCCACUGUUGGGUCAACUUUCAGACGAGCAUGGUCGCAAACCCUUGCUCCUUUUUACCAUCUCCACGUCUAUAUUUCCCUUUGUUUUACUUGUCUGGCGUCAGUCCGAGGGAUUUGUCUAUGCCUACUAUGCGCUACGCACAAUUUCAAACAUAAUAAGUCAAGGCAGUAUUUUUUGCAUUGCUGUUGCAUAUGCGGCAGAUGUUGUCAGCGAAAGCAGAAGGGCAGCAGUAUUUAGUUGGAUUAGUGGUCUCCUUUCAGCUUCACAUGUUCUAGGGGAUUUACUGGCUCGGUUUCUUCCUGAAAAGUACAUUUUUGCUGUUUCAAUUGUGCUGUUGAUCAUUUGUCCAGUUUAUAUGAAAUUCUUCCUUGUUGAAACGAUGAUACUAGCUCCGAAAGAUGAUCAAGAGUCAGGUUUCUGGGCUAAAAUUGUUAAUGUUCCCCAACAAAGAUUCAAAUCUAUGAGGACAGCUGCAGAAAUAGUAAUUUUCAGUCCCACUUUAAGGGGCAUGGCUCUUGUCUCCUUCUUUUAUGAGCUGGGAAUGUCAGGCAUAACUAGUGUUUUGCUGUACUAUUUGAAAGCUGCUUUCGGCUUUAACAAAAAUCAGUUCUCAGAACUUCUGAUGAUGGUGGGAAUCGGUUCAAUCUUCUCUCAGAUGUUGUUGCUUCCAAUACUCAAUCCAUUGGUUGGAGAGAAAGUUAUCCUCUGCUCUGGCUUGCUUGCAUCAAUAGCAUAUGCUUGGCUCUAUGGAUUAGCAUGGGCACCUUGGGUAUCAUACUUCAGCGCCUCUUUUGGUAUCAUCUAUGUCCUUGUGAAACCUGCCACUUAUGCUAUUAUUUCGAAUGCGACUAGCUCAACCAAUCAGGGAAAAGCACAAACUUUUAUUGCUGGGGCACAAUCUUUAUCUGAUUUGUUAUCACCUAUUGCAAUGAGUCCAUUGACUUCAUGGUUUUUAUCUAGCAAUGCUCCCUUUGAAUGUAAAGGUUUUAGUAUUUUAUGUGCGUCCAUAUGCAUGAUAAUCUCUCUCGGUUUUGUUUGCAUGCUGAAGCCAGAUAGUAAUUCGAGUAAUGACAUAGAGGGGUGCAUAGAAGCCCCUCUUCUGAAUCACAGCUAGGUCAUUGUAUCAAUUGGACACAUGCAUGGCCAGUUUUGUAAACAACGUAUUUUGUCUCAGUAUUUUCAAUAGCUAUCUUUUUUCUUUA